AUGGCGACCAAUAAGAAUAAGCUCACCGCCAUUCUGAUGGCCUUCUUUCAGGUCGUCCGGUUGUUGUUAGAAAUACUCUUCAUCUCGACCGAUCCACGACCUGAAACAUUCAGCGGCAAUCAUGAAUCUCGGAAACAUUCUCGUUCGUCAGAUGGCGAUGAGAAGAAGGAGGAGGAACACUUCAGCAACAGCAGCGACAACCAAGCAGCACUGGAAGCUUCGUUCAAGUAUUUUGAAAUCGACAAUCCCAAAGAAGCAACUCGAGAAGCUGUGAAAAAGAAGUUUCGACGACUCAGUCUUGUACAUCACCCAGAUCGGAACAACCAAUCCGAAGAGAGUGUGAAAGAAAUGCAAAAAAUCAAUCGCUUUUAUGAAUUGUUGGAACAAGAAUUUGAUCGAAAAGAAGGCAAAGGUGGCCUUUUCAACGAGAACAUUCCAGAGGAGCCCAAUGCAGAUACCACCGAAGCGGAUCCCGACGAACCUGGCAUCUCGGACGAAGAACGCAAACGUCGCCGCAAGGUACAAAAGAAGCAACGCCAAAGGGCUCAACAACGCGAGAAAAAGGAGCAAGAGCGCCGAGAAGAAGAAUUUGAAAGGCGUCGAGAAGAAAUGGAAGAAGAGAUGCACAGGCGACGUGAAGAAAUGGAAGAAGUGAUGCACAGAGAAUGGGAGGAAGCGAGACGGAAGAUGGAAGAGUUCCAAAAGAAACAAAAGGAGACCAAGCAACAAAAUAAAAGCAAGUUCUAUAAUUCAUCUCUAAAUACGAAAAAGGGACGAAUGAAGGCGCACCAGACCUGGAAGUCUAAAAUUGAAGCUUUAGAAAAGGAGGAGGAAGGGACCAAUAAUGGCAGCAGUCAAAUGGGUGCCAGAAGUAAACCACCAAACUCAAUCAUGGAAUGUUCGACGGAUGACAUUGCAAUUGCACUAAGACUUGGUGCAACGGAUGUUGCAAUUGAGCUUGUCCAAGAGUCGAUGGCAGAGUGUAUGCAACAAUCGCUUAGAGAUAGGGCCCGGAAAGGUGAAAUGAUUGGCACCUUCCCAUACCUUGCGGAAGAAGAUACAUUGAAGUUCAAUUAUGAAGUUUAUGUCAACGUACUCCAAUCGCGCUUGGAUGCCGAUGGCAACCAUGCCUUGCACUACGCUGUGUACUACGAAGAUAAUGAAUUCUUAACAUACUUGACCCAUCAAGCACACAGGCUUGGAUAUUUUGGGGAGUAUGUGACCAGCACCAGCAAACACGGGUCGAAAGUCCUGGACUUUUGUGUUGGAUCUUCUAAUCCUGGUUUCGACAAUCGAGUCAAGGCCUUUUAUGAGGAGGGAUGCAAGAUGAUGCAAGAAAAGGAAGAAGCCGAAGCUCGAAGCAGCAGUGUUAUUUUGUCGUCGCGAUACUACUUCCAGCAGCUCCGACAGCAUGCCAAUUUAGAUCCAGCCUUUUUCUCUGUUUUUGGUAUCCUGCUGGGAAAGUAUAUCUUUUGCGGCAGAUGGUACGAAACGAUUUUGGCCAUCCUUUUCAGCAGAUUUAUGGAAAUCGCCAAAGAUGCUUCGAAGCAUGAGCAGUAUUAUGUCUUGAUUUUCUCGCACUGCUACUGGUUUAUUUUCAAGAGCACUGUGUAUUUCACGUGGAAGCUUUUUCCAUGGUGGCUGAUUCUUGGAGUCACUCUUGUAGCUGGAUAUUUCUUCUCAUUGAGCGAAGUGAUAUUUUUUGUUCCGGCUAUGGCGCACCACGGUAGUAGCAUCAUUGUCAAGCAUGCCCUCAAUUUGUUCGGUUACUUUGUGCCAACACCCAAGAGUCCACGCUUGGCUUUGAUGAAAGAUGUGAUUGUCAUGUGCAGCUGUAUCCUUUUGCUUCGAUAUGCGUGGUCCUUGCUUCCUAAAUGGAACUGUGUUGAAUCAUGGAAAGAGGAAGCUAACAGCGAGGAGCUCUAA